ACCUAAUCAAGUAAGAUCUUCCGCCGGCAGCCUCAAAAUUUUUUUAAUCGUCGGUACUUUCGAAAAAACCAGCCCUCAUCACCGUCAUCGACCAGAUUCGGUUCGAACACAUCUUUGGUCGUCGCAACUCAAUAAACCCAUGCUCGAGCCCAGCGGAAGCCAAGCUAUUUGCCCUUAGUAAUAGAACACACGACCAAAGACCGAAUUAUCCAAUGUCGCUCCGCCACAUUCCCAUCCCCUCAACACCCUGGGCCCAUCCGCCCGUGUGCCCAACGUAUAACCUAGCGACGCGCAUCCAGACGAAGCUGCAAGAGGACCUGCUGUCGUGGAAGGCGGCGGGGGGCACGUCCUCGUCCGCCCCGCCGCCUCGGCCAGCGCUGAUGACCUUCACGCCCGCGCCCACCUUCACUCUAGGGCGGCGACAGCCGCCCCCCACCAGCGCCGAGCGCGCCGAGAUGUCGAAGCGGCUGAUCUGCGAGACCUACCGGCCUGCCUCGCGGGCCGACUUCUCCUUCCUGAAGCCCGCCAUCGUGCAGACGCCGCGCGGCGGGCUGACGACGUACCACGGCCCGGGUCAGGUCCUCUUCUGGCCCAUCAUCGACCUCAAGUCGCCGCUGCACAACCACUUCACCGUGCGCUCGUACGUAUCUCUGCUAGAGAAGACGACGCUGGAGACGUUGCGGAAGGCGUACAAUAUCUCCGGGUUCACGGACCCGAAGAACCCGGGGGUGUGGGCGCGCAAGUCACGGAUAGUGAUGGGGCCGGAUGGGGAUGAUAUAGAGGUUGAAGGGCAGGAAGAGAAGGUGGCGGCGCUGGGGGUGCAUCUCCGGCGAAACGUGACGGGGCUCGGGAUCGCCAUCAAUUUCCGCAUGCCGCUGUCUAGUAACCCGAAGGAGAACCCGUUCGUGCGGAUCUCGCCGUGCGGGAUGGAAUCCGACGCCGUUACCAGCGUGGCCAAGCUCUCGGGCAGAACCCUCCCGCUAGAGGACGCCGUGGACACGCUUAUCCCGAUGUGGGCGGACGAGUUCGCGCGGCAGUUAGGUGUGGCGAACGCCGCGAACCGGGACGCCGGGCCCCUCGUCGAGGCGGAUACUUGGAUAAACUGGGCUAUCGAUAUGGGCAUCGUCAAGAGAAAGAACAGUGGCUUUGAGAUAGCACGUAAGCGGAAGCACUAACCAUCGUAUGCGAUCACGUGUUCCUAGGUUGGCGAGAAGAAGAAGAAAGCAAAAAAUACGAGGAUUGCCUCGUGAACGUCUGUGGGAAAGAACCUAUGAAACUCGAUGCGA